UGGGAAUUGCCUGAUAAUUCAGUCGAGGCUGAUCUCUCGUGUAAGUGUGACUGUGCGCGUGCGUACGCACCGUGAUCUAGUUUAGUUGAUAGGGAAAUAGCUUAAGCUUAUUGUGAUAUUUGAUCAUUAGUUCAUCUUAUGUGGAAGUGAAUAUUCAAAGCCUUGGUCCACAAUGAAGAUGACACCGCCACCAUCCUCCCCAGUCCGGACGGGCAACAAUCUUAGGCUUGGAAUUGUGAGGCUUGGAAGAGCUGCUGGAAAGAUGAAGUACGCGUUGCUGGACGAGGGGGACAUCAGCUUGGUGCAGCAGUACGCCUUCGAAGCUCGCCUCGAGGUCGACCCCAACGGAGACGGGGCCGCUGUCUAUGCCUGGGCCUACGACAUCAAAAACGGCAGGCAUGCCGGCCAAUACCUGCACACAAUGUUGUGGGAGCUUCACAAAGGAGGUAUCGCACCAGGCUGGCAAGUGGUGCACGUCAACGGCGUCACCGUCGACAACAGACUCGAUAACCUCGCACUCGUACCUGUGGGGGCCCACGACACCGCUAGGCGGGGAUAUAGCAGCAGCAACAGCAGCAUCGGUGGCACCAAAAAUUGUCCUGCGAGACGAUCGUUGACGCCGCAGGAGAAAGAGAGAUGCCUUUACUGGGUCGCCAUUGCCCAGCUGCCUGUAGAUCCUCUCGAGGAGUACAGCCUGGAGGUGCGUGAACGGCUGCACCAGCAGCAGCCCGGCGGUGUGGUGCGGACAUGCCUCAACCGCAACGGUGAGGUCGAGCGCCUGGUGUGUGAGGACCCCGCGGUGCAGGGAGGCGGUCUUCCCACGCCGCCCUACGGUUACUACGAGUGCCGUAACCCCCCGUGCACGCAGAUCGAGCAGCACCUCAGGCAGUUCAGCAUCUGUGGACGUUGUCAGGAAGCUCGUUAUUGCGGGACAUUUUGCCAGCAGCGCGACUGGCCCGUCCAUAAAAAGACCUGCCAGCCUAAGGCCAGACCAGCAGCCUCUGCAGCAACCGAUAAGUCACCGGAGCGAUGAACCUCUCAGCCUGUACGCCCCCCUCCAUAAGUUAACCUCGUGGCUUAUAAUUGGGUGCGAUUGCUGCUUAGCUUAAGGUGGAGAUUAGAAUUUCCAUACAAAAAGAAAAAUGCAUGACUACCAUCCUGAAUAAUGAAUUCUUUGUAAGUUUUGAGAAAUUUGAGAUUAGAUGUGAUUUGGUUCCAUGUUCUGAACUCAAUUAGUUCUAGAACUCGAGAAGGAUUGCUAGUAAUAUUUUAUACCGAGUUUGUGUCGGCAUAGAAUUUGCUCGGUAGGAUUAACGUAAGGCAGUUAGUACGUAACAUGAAAUUAAUGGGAAAUCUAGACGAGAAUGGUUGGUAGGAUACUAAGUUCGUCCUUUUGAUGUAUCACGGAGGACUUGGUCUUCUCUUGUGGACAAAUUUUUCAUGUUUUGAGACCCUUUCACUAGUUGGACGCUCGGUAAAGCGCCAUCACUCCGUUCGCGAUCCGUAUGAACUCGAUAAACAUUAAGUUUUAAAUAAAUACACUGGACCUUAUAACCUCAUUGUCGUUCAUUAGGUAUGAAUUUUUUCUGAAUGGCCGCAAUUAUCUCUAGGCGCGUCAUAGUCUUCCAAUAAUGAAAAAAGUGAGUUAUAGCAAAAAUCAUUUAAUGACCGUUGUGUCUUUCAUUCUUCUGAGAAAAAAUUGGCAUUUUAACGUGUUUUGAAUUUUGCUGUUUUUGUGACGUAAUGGGACACUUGAAUCGCGCUGUUUUUAUAAUCAGGUACGAGUAACUCCAGUCUGUAUGCGCUUGAAAUGGAAGGAACUUAUUAGUAUUUUCAUUAUUAAUUGGUUUGAUGAUCGCUUCGUUAGAUUAUAUGCAUGCAAAUGAUUAUUUGGAAGAAAUAAUGCAUGGAUCUCAACUCGGUGGGCAUCUAAAUGUUCGUCGCCGUUUCUGGCAGCUAUUGUUUGAUCGAUCUAGUGUUGCAAACUGCGAAAUUUCUGGCAGCUAUUGUUUGAUCGAUCUAGUGUUGCAAACUGCGAAAUCCCAAACAUUUUAUGUGCUCGCUGAAAUCCUUGAAAAAAUACCCAGUUAAGAACCAUUGCUUGAAAUCAACUAUAUAUAUUUAAGAUGAUUGCAGAUUUAUGUAAGCUUAACGGGCGUGUGAAGAGGAUAUUACAAAUUUUGUAUUGCGGCUGCCACUGCCGAGACUCGCGAGUGUAACAAAUCUUAGUUAUUCGUAUCCAGGUUCUUCGUGCUCCCUGCUGUAGAAUGCCGUUAGCGGAGCGAUUGAUGACUACGCCGUUAAUAGGUUACCAGUCAACCUCCGUCUUGUAUUCAUAUCAUGAAUACGUGUGUAUUUGAGAAUAACUUGCCUUUAUAUUAGCAUUCCCAAGCUUGUACUGUACAAUUCUUGCUCUUUUUUAAGCAUUGAUGCCAGAGAAGUAUUAAGAGCUUCCCGUUGUUCGCUCGACUGCGCCCCAGUUGGCUUUUUUAACUCGAGUCUCGAAAUAUUCUUGUUCCCCUCUUGGAAGUUCUGUGUCACUGACCUAUCGUGGAUUGAAGCUUUGAUCAAUAUUGAUCUAAAUUUAUAAAACUUUGAUCCUUUACAACUAAUGAAGUUUUGAAUUUAUUGUUUUUGCUUUUUGAGACAUUCAAUCCAAUUUAACCAUGGUUGCCUUGCAUGCGUCGUGUUCGUUGUGUGGAACUGUUGCAAUAGAAAGUCGUUAAUUAACAGCCAAGUCAUCCAAACGUACGGUGCAAUUUUGGGGCAAUAUUUUAUACCUUAGAGCGGCUUGCUCAAUAUUUAUGCUGCGGCCUAACUUCCGGCUCACUUGUUGAUGCAUGGAGCCUGGUGCUAAUGCUCUAGCUGCUCUCAGUAAGCGAUUUCUACACUAAAAAGGCCUCAAUAAAAAGCCCAAUUACUGAUUAAGAACUAAAUUCUCUCGAUAUUUAGGACUGUUUGGUUUUAAAAUAAUUUUAUAGUAAUUAAAUUUUCAUACAAAGGUCCUUAUAGAUUAACCGGUUAUUUACCAAGAAAACUCCAUGUUGCCGCAUGAGAUUGAUGAUCUUCAAGACUAUAUUAGUUGUCUCAUAAUUUUACUAAAUUUCUGCUCCUAAGUUUUAAGAUUGGGUACAUUAUACUUAUCCUGAAGAGACAUAUCAGGAGCAGGUGCCUCUUAUUCUUGUAAGUUCUUCGCUAACAGUAUUAAUCAUCUAGAGCUUAAGGAAAGGUGAAAAUAUAGGUUGCUUAUUUCUAAUGUUUACUGGUGUGGGAUUAUGGGAAGCCAUUUCCUUUGGAAGUUCGUGCAUUGUAAUAUCUUUCCUACCGAGUUAAGGUCUUGGGUUGCUCCAGAGACUCGCUCCUUGUGCUCUUUUCUCCUUCGCGAGUCUGUCUAUUCAAAGAGAUUUUUUGUCCAUAUAUUAGGCUAAAACUAUAAAAAUACAAGUAUAGCACCAAAAUACUAGCAUCAGAUUUUGCUCGAUUAAGGCCGAUGUUCUCAUUUUUCAAUUUCACAAUAUUUUGAAUGCUAUUUAAUGCACACAUGCUGGUGUGUGUGAUUCACUGAAGCUGAAGCUGUAUAAUCUAAACUUACUGUGAAUCGUAUUUGCUUCCUAAAUAUAAAAUAAAUUCUAUUUUGUAACGAACGACGAAUUUUCAGGUUGUGGUUCGUACGAAGCUUCCAGCAGAGUAUAAUAAAUGUUGCAUGUGCCUUUAAAAACAAAUAAAAAUGGGCGCCAUGAAUGCUUGGGAACUGUCACCGCUUUUUGAUUACUCUUAACGUGCAGUUUGAACGGUUAAAUGCUGUUGAUUACAUUUUUGAUAAGAUAUCGAAUUCAUUUCAAAUAUUACAUAAUAUUAGGCCCAAAUGGAAGUGUGUUGAUCAUAUCAACUUGGUUUCUCUUCUGGUUAACUCAUUUUUCCGUAUUCAUUCAGUUGUUUUUUCACGUUAAAGAAGUAGUUUAGGAGUUUUUUUAACAUAUUGUUCUCCGGAGUUUAAAAAAAAAAAACUCCGGAGUUUUUUUAACAUAUUGUUAGAAAACUGAUAACACUGAUAAAUUUUACAGGCAAACGAUUAGACGUAGGGUUUUUUGUCAUGAAUUAUUUUUCUAUCUUGUGGAAUGUCUUGGGCCAGGUGGGCAAUUGGAUGCAAUUUCUUUAUUUACGAUUCAAAAACUUCAGGUCACGAUUAACAACGCCUGAAUGUACUGUUGACGAGAUGCGUUUUUGUUUCAUUUUAUCUGAUACAACCAACUUUUUGUGACUUUUAUUAUAGUCAUUAGGUAAUUUUAUGAGAUCGAAUAAGUUAUUUUUCACCUGUCAUAUUUCCUUGCAAUGACACGUACUAGCAGCCCAACACUCGAGCCUUGUAACGAAUUUCGGUGUAAUCAGAGUCAAGAAUCAUCUAACUAAAGUGUGGUUCCAACUUUAAUUUUGUUUGCACAGAUAAUUGAGCAUAUUCAUAGUAGUUUUGAACAAGCCGUCAGAGUAGUUUUGAACAAGCCGUCAGAGUAGUUUUGAACAUAGCCAUCAUAAAGCGAUUUCUUUCUCGUAUCACGGUCGGUUUAUUUCGUUUAGCUCGUGCACAGCGUGCAGCUUGAUUUUGAAAGGAGAUCAAAAAUAGCCAUUUGGCCGUAUAAGUUUGAAAAGGUUUUACGUCCUAGCAUACUUGGUAGACGUCUAGUGCUCAUUACUUCUAUUCGCUUCAUCGCGAAUUAAUUAAGCUCAUUACUUCUAUUCGCUCUCAUCGCGUAUUCCGUAGCAAAGUUGAGGCUCUUCGUUGAACGUUUCCCUCUUGAAUAUUUAUAGCAUGUAUCUGCUAAGAAAUUUCUUCGUUCUGGAUACCGUCAGCGGUGCUUUCUUGUAGCAUAACCUUCACUAGCGCUUUAACGUAGCUCUAGAUUUUUUUUAGCGAAUAACUUGAGUUUCCUGGAUUACUGACCAAAAAUUAACAUUAUUGUUUGUUCCUAUUCAUGUCUGCUUAUAUGUAACUUUAAUUUCCUUGCUUACCUUCUUAAUUUUAAUGCUUUACUUCAUACCUACAUCAGAAGUUUAAGAUUCUAAAUUACGGUAUGCUACUACUCCGUGCCUAUUGUUACAACGAAACGAUCAUUUACAUUUUUAAAAUAUGCACGAAAUCAACCUUUUUACAUUGAGGCUAACUAUUCAGUUCUGCAAGCUUAUUUCACUUUCUGACGCCGUUUUCUUGCCCUCUGUUAACGACACGCUAAUUCUUACUGACCAGGGUACCUCCAUUAGACUGGUUUUAUGGGCACUCGUAACUAAUGAUGUUGAUCAAGCUAAAUGACUUGUGUAACAUUAAUAAUUUCUAAUAAUACUAAUAUAGAGCAUUCCAUGCUGUUGUGAUGAACUAACAAUAACAUUCCUUUUAUGACUGUGUCCUCGAUGUAACUGUGGCGGUCUAAUUCUAGCUUGAUAGGCUCCCUUAACAAAUAACAAUUGAAGAGGCUCCUAAUUUUUACUGAUAUUGGAAAUGUUAUAUUGAGUGGAUUAAUGAACACUGUGGCUUCUAGAAUUGAUAGCACUUUACAAGAUUCAUUAUUUGCAUAGAAAUUUUCCACGGGCCCGUGACAUUUUUAAAUAACUUGAUGAAGGCCUCUUUCUAGAGUAAUAUUGGGAGCGAUUUCGUGGAAUGGUGUUCAGUAUUAUCAAUAUAUCCGCGGCUUUUAAAAAGUCGCUGUUUUCAAAUUGUUCAUCUAUAAGCUCUUAUGAAAUGCAAUGAUCAUGUCCAAUGUAAGAUGAGUCGAAAGUAAUAUGUGCGAGCCAAUUUAAAUGUAGCGUCAGGUCUAGGACCGAAUGCGACGGUUAUCUUAUGAAUUUUUGCUCAGGCAAUAUAUGUAUGAACAUUCGCUCUGUUGUACAAUUGGGCUAUUCAUUUGAGUUCCGCAACGUUACCGAAAGUUAGAGCUGUUUUUAACGUUGUUCUGUCCACAAAGUGACGGUAGAGUUGAGCGUUUUGUGCUCAACAUAAGAGGGAUGUUUUUUUAGGAAAGUCGAGGGAAAGUUAGAACCUCAGAAGUGCCCUAUACUUCGCCUGCCCGAGCUAGGGAGGAGUUCACUACUUGUAGUGAACGUUAGGGAAAUGAUAGUUUUUAUUCUGAUGAUAGUAUAAGAACUUGGCCUUAGUUGGAUAAUAAUACUGGUGUGGUCCUGUACCUCUUAGACUGUUAAGAGUCGUGAGUUUUAUUGUAGCUGAUCCUCUAACUCUCGUAAGUAACCAUCUGUCGAACUCAUACAUAGUUCAUAGCACUGCUGCUACUACUAUGACUACUACUUCAGUAACUAAUAAUGAUGUCUAGUCCGUACUAACACCAAAUAUAUGUUUAAUAGUAAAAC